UUUUGAGAAUAUAACUUCCGUUCUAGAUUACGUUGGAUGUUAUCGAAAGUAAAAUUGUUUUAUUGUAUACAAAUAAACACUAAAUAAGCAAUGGGGUGCGAAGACGAUGUGCUCAGGGUUGGGAAAAAACUCGAGAAAAUGAUUUCAAACGAUACAUCGGAUCAUGUGACUGCUCUGGAUUUGUUAAAGACACUUCGAGACUUGCCCAUGACUUUGGACGUUUUGCAGAAAACCAGAAUAGGGAUGAUUGUGAACAACUUCAGGAAGGCAACCUCAAAUGACGAAGUUGUUUCACUAGCAAAGACGCUCAUAAAGAACUGGAAGAAGCUGUUGCCAGAAACCAACCAAGGCAGUGACAAGAAGUCCAACAGCAGUAGUGCCACCAAGAUGGACGAGUCCUCGAACGAUGGCUUUGACAACUCCCAGUCCUCCCAGAGCAGCACCAGUCUACGGGAGAGCAGCUCAUCUGGGUCCGGGCUUAACUAUACCAACGAUCCUGUCCGCCUCAAGUGUCGGGAAUUGCUGCAGAAUGCACUCAAACUACCAGAAAACACUGAAGGAAUGGAGGAUGCUAUGGAUGGGGCAGUGUUGGCAGAAGAGAUUGAAGAUGCUGUGUAUUGUGAGUUUGCUAAUACAGAUUCCAAGUAUAAGACAAGAAUUCGGAGCCGAGUUGCCAAUCUGAGAGACACCAAGAAUCCUAGUUUGAGGGAGAACGUGCUGCUAGGUCACAUCACACCCAUUCAGCUGGCCAAAAUGACAGCAGAGGAAAUGGCAAGCAAUGAGAUGAAGAAUUUGCGUACAAAGUUUACCAAAGAGGCCAUUGAUGAUCAUCAGUUGGCCAAGACAAGCGGCACAGUGACGGAUCUACUCAAGUGCGGCAAGUGUGGGAAGAAGAGUGUCACAUACAACCAGGUGCAAACAAGAAGCGCUGAUGAACCAAUGACAACCUUCUGCUACUGCAACGAGUGCGGUCAUAGAUGGAAGUUUUGCUAACACCAUUUGCCUCGAAGACAGAUACUACCUGCAGUUGUGGAAGAUUUUUACAGGACUUGUCGAUACUGGCUUCACAAGUGUUUUCAGACUAGUUACAUUGUUCUUUGUGCUUGUCUUUGUAUUGAAACAUGAUGAUCAGGCUGAAAAUAGGCACACUUCGGAAAACAGUUUCGUGUACAGAAUCAAAACAGGGACAUACCUAGAAGGAUCAUGAGGCAGAUCAGGAAGCUGAGGACUUUUUCCCGAGAUGACCAAUCAGUGCAAGAAAAGGCAGCAACUGUCUUGUAGCACUAUAGUAUUAAGCACUAACCAUGCAGCAAAUCACUUGCAGGGAUUUAUCUAGGCCUGUUGAGAGACCAAUAUUAAACCCCAAGUCAGCAGCAAAUGUCAGUAAAAAUGCCCAAAUUGGAAUGAAUAACCUACCCAAUUCAUGUUGACAUAGGUAUAACUACUGUUAAACCGUAAAGAGACUUGUGCUACAGUGAUAAUGUGGUCAAUAAGCAUGAUAAAAAGGAAGAGGCUUUAUUGCUGAGGUUGAUAUUGCCACACUGAACACAAUGCUGAGAAUACAAGUUAAAAUACCUCUAAAUUUAAGAAAAUAGUUACUAUAAAGAUUCCAAUAUUGAGGAAAAUAAAAGAAAUUGCAGUUUGCCUGCCAAAGGAUCUUUGUUUGGAAUUCUAAAUAAAUCCCUGCAUGAAAAGAUUACCCUGUGGUAAUCACAUAGGGAUACUUGUCUCAGAUGGUCUUAUAAAUGGGCCCCCACCUGCAUGAUGCUUUGUUCAUUGAGUAAUUCAUCUCGGUUCAUUUCUAGUAUCCCAGAUUAACUCUGCUAUUGAUUGUUUUGUCGGCACCUGUGCUCGCUGGUUUCGCCAUUGUGGUACACUUCUAGAAACUGCAUCACUUGGGCAUUUCUCCCACAUUUAGCUGACAUGCCUAAAAAAGGAAAUAGUGUUGAUAGGGGUAUUAAUCCAGCAUCUACCAAUGUUGUUUUCAUAUACCAUUUGGCAGAGGUGAUGAGGAUGAAGAAUAUUCAGAGCCCUGUGUAUUGGAAGAAACCUGUUAUAAACAGUGUUUUAUGUACUUGACCUUCCUCUGUCACCAUCCAUGAUAAAAGGGGACAUGGGUGUCCCUGUCAUCUAUGGCCACCACAAUUCGCUGUGCAGAGUUGUGUCACCACCUGCUAGAUACUUGUUAUUGUGGGUUGGAAUCCAAGUUCGCCCUGAAUAAUGUUACUGGGUUUGUCAGCACUUUACUGUGCUUGGGGUGUUAACCAAAAAUUGUUCACUGCAAGAUAUAUUUUCCAGGAAACAGGUAAUCAAAAUCAUCUUAGUUUCAAAGUUUUUCAGCUAUUCAAACUCAAAGAAUAUUUCAUGUACGAAGGCCUAUUGGUCAUAUACAGGUAUAUAUUUGGGUUACAAAUUGUUUUCAAUGAUUCAUUGGUUUCCUCCAACUAAAGAUGGCAAACAGUUUGGUGUUUGGUGCAUGGUUAGCUAAUUGACUGUUCAUGUGUAUGACUAUUCAAUAUUGUGAUAAGCUUGUCUUGAAUUUAUGCUUAGUUUAUCUUUGAACCAAUAGUUUACAUUAGAGCUUGCCUGAUCUGCAAACACUGCAGCAUCAAUGAAACUUUGUACUUGCAUGGAAAAUGAGCAGGGCUGCACUCCACAUAGGAUGUGUCUACACCUAUGUCUUGAGAGUUCAGGGCUGCACUCCCAUACAGGAUACGUGUGCUAAAACUGCCAUCUUAAGUAUUUAAAAGAGUGAAUGUUCCACAGUUGCCUGUCUGGCAUCAUUGUGCAGUCUAAUGCUAGAAUGCAACAAUUGUAAUUUAUUUGCAUUGACACUUUCUCAGCUACAAAGUGUCGUCAUUCCAUCUAGACAAGGACAUGUAUUGAUGCUGAAAAUAAUUCCUGCUUUAGCCUAUGUUCUAGAAUGAGUGAUGUAGCUGGUAUUUGUCAUUUCUCCAAUGAUGUUGAUCGAUGCCCAUACUAUCAACCAUUUGUCGGGUCUGAUUAUUUACCGGCUGCAGUGAUAUGAUAUGUACUAUCUUGUAUGAGUGUAAAACGUCAUUCACUCACUCAUUUAUUUCAAGUGUAAUACUGAAUUGCUAAGGGAAAUCUCAGUUUUUGAUUGGUCUUGUCCCAUCCAUGUGUUCUCAAUCUGCAGUCAUCAUCACCUUCAGUGUACAAAGAUCAUUGGUGGUGUUCUACUGUGCAUCCAGUUGUAAAUAAACAGUGGAUUAAGAUGAA